UUUAUAAAUACCAAUUGAUUAGAUAUGAGAAUCCUUGUUGUUGUUGCUGUAUAUUUUGUUGUCUGCUGUCUGUCAGUCUCUGCAAACAGACUUUUCCAGUCGGAGUGGGAAGCGUGGAAGACAGAACAUGGGAAAUCGUACUCGUACGAAGAAGAAAACAAAAGGCAAUAUAUCUGGGAAAAGAAUUUGAAGAAAGUUGUUGAUCAUAACAUGGAAGCAGAUAAUGGAAUCCACACCUUCAGACUUGGAAUGAAUCAGUUCGCUGAUAUGGAUGAAGAAGAAUGGCGAAUUCUCGUUUCGAGUCACGUGACUAAAUUAACCAAUCAAGGCGAAUUAUGCAAAAUCGUAAACAACACGAACGAAAUAAUUGACCAAUCAGAAGACGAUUCCGUCGACUGGCGAACGAAAGGAUUUGUGACUCCUGUCAGGAAUGGAGGGACUUGUGGAGCAUCCUGGGCUAACAGUGUGACGGGAACACUAGAAGGCCAACACUUCAAAAAUACGGGAAUGCUUGUCUUACUGAGUGAGCAAAACCUAAUUGACUGUACAUCGAGCGGUUGCAGAGGAGGAACUGUCGAACAAGCUUAUGCUUAUAUUAUAAACAACAAAGGCAUCGACUCGGAGGCGUCGUACCCGUCUACGGGAAUGCCUGGAGAAUGUCAUUUCACUCCUUCUGGAAUAGGAGCAACAAUGUCCGGGUGCGUUGAAUUACCUAAUGGAGAUGAAGCAACGUUGCAAAGAGCUGUGAAGGAGAUUGGACCGAUAUCCGUUGUAGUUGACGCAAGCCAGCCAUCGUUUCAACUGUAUAAGUCAGGGGUCUACUACAGUACAGAAUGCAGUUCUACAAAACUCGAUCACGCUAUGUUGAUCGUUGGAUACGGAACUAUGGAUUCACAUGAUUACUGGAUUGUUCGAAAUAACUGGGGAGCUGAGUGGGGAAUGAAAGGCUACAUUCUGAUGUCACGGAACAGAAGAAAUAACUGUGGAAUCGCAAGCAGUGCAACUUACCCUUUGACCCCUUAAUAUAAGGAAACUGGAAUUGUACAUAAAACUUCCGCAAUUUAAUUCUUACUCAUUGUGGAACGAUUUUAAGCAAAUGAUAUUAAUAACUUUAUAAAUUUCUAAUAUACAUUACUGUUUAAUGACCUGUACCAGCGUAUGAUUUUAAAAACAUACAGAAAACAGAAUAGAAUAUAUAUCGAGGAUUGAAGUCGACAAGUCAGCCCUAUGUAGGGCUCCAGAAUCGGUACUCCCGUAGUAUGUGUACCAGGUUAGGGUUAGGCCAUAAUUUAAUUCCAAUUUCGCUUAUUUUAGUUCCAUUACGAGUUCAAGGACUGUCUGUGCCAAGUGAUUAUACCCCUCCGCUUCAGUUCUUUUACACAACUUGAUGUAAAGUAGGCGAACAAAAUUAGUUACUUCCAUAUUGGUACAAAUACUUCUGGAGCGCCCCAGAAUCAGUGCCGGUAAAUGUAAAUCCGCCUUAACAUUGUCUAAUCAGUAAGAUAGCACGAUG